UUCUAUUAAUUCCAAAUUUUAAUUUGGGUGGGUGAGGGUUGAUUUUUUAAGGACUAGGGUUUCCAUUCUUUACUUUACUCAUCUAUUUGGGAGCCCCUUUCGCGAUUUGGAGUUCAAGAACAUCUUUAGGGCUACGAUUCGACGAUCUUUCUUCAAAUCUCCAUCUGGGUUUUCGAUUUCUUCAAAUCUCUCAUCUGGGUCGAAACUUUAUUACCCACCAUCAUUCUUGGAGGGUUCAUGUAUACAAGAUGUUUCAUGCUCAAGGAACUACAAAACACACCUGUUGCAUGCUUGCAGUUUUAUGUGGAAGAAAUUCCAAUAAUAAGGAUGAUUAUGAUGUUCAAGGCACUGGCCUGAGAUUCCCGUUUCCAGAGAUCACUUCUUCUGGACGUCUAGAGGUUCAAACUUUAAACAGUCCUACCAUUGAUGAAUUCCGUAAGGUUCUGGAUUCUGUACAGCCAAAUAUUGUAUAUUUGCAAGGAGAAAGGCUUCCAAAUGAUGAUGUUGGAUCUCUUGCGUGGGAAGGUGCAGAAGACUUAACGGGGGUCUUUGGUUCCUCUUUGCCCACAACUAUAUAUUUGGAAUUUCCAGAUGGUGAAAAAGUCGCAGAGGAACUGCAUUCGAAGGGGGUUCCUUAUGUGAUAUAUUGGAAGAACGCAUUUUCGUGUUAUACAGCUUGCCACUUUCGACAUGCACUAUUUUCUGUGGUGCAGAGUUCCUCUAGCCAUACUUGGGAUGCUUUCCAGCUUGCACAUUCAUCCUACAGGCUAUACUGUGUACGGAACAACCAUGUGCUCCAUGGUAAUCCUGAGCAAGAUAAUAGCAAGUUGGGUCCAUGUCUUCUUGGAGAUCCACCCAAGAUCAAUGUUCCCCCGCCUGAGGCAGGUGGCGAAGAUGACGAAGAAAAAUAUCCCGAUGAUCUUCCUGCAAUUAAGAUCUAUGACGAUGAUGUAAACGUGAGGUUUCUUGUUUGUGGAUCUGCAUGCAUGUUGGAUGCUUCUUUAUUGGAACCAUUGGAAGAUGGGCUUAAUGCUCUUUUGAGUAUUGAAAUGCGUGGGAGUAAACUUCACAAUCGAGUUAGUGCGCUCCCUCCACCUCUCCAGGCGGGGACAUUUUCUCGAGGUGUUGUGACCAUGCGAUGUGAUAUCUCAACUUGUAGCUCUGCGUACAUCUCACUUCUGGUCUCUGGCAGUGCACAAACGUGCUUUGAUGAUCAGCUUUUGGAGAAUCAUAUUAAAAGUGAAGUCAUUGAAAAAACUCAAUUAGUUCAAGCAGUAUCAACUCCUGAUGAAAACAAGCUGUCUUCAUCUGAGCCUCGAGGAUCUGUUUCUAUAGCUUGUGGGGCAACUGUGUGUGAAGUUUCCAUGAAGGUCCCUUUGUGGGCUUCACAGGUUUUGAGGCAGCUAGCACCAGAUGUUACUUACCGUAGCUUAGUUGUGCUUGGUGUUGCCAGUGUUCAGGGGCUGGCCGUGGCUUCAUUCGAGAAAGAUGACGCAGACCGAUUGCUUUUCUUCUGUAAACGACUAGAAAACAAUAUCCAUUCAAACAUCAUCGAUUCUCCCGUUCCCACGUGGAUGAGACAACCUUUUCCAAGUAGAAAAAGGUCCAUCACGAACCAAGAAAUGGGUCCUGGUGUUCGUAAUAAUGGUUUGGUUUCUGGACAUCGUUCUGGUGUAAAACAAGAGGCCCAAGAACACAAGGUAAUGGAAUCGGCCAAUGGGUAUGUAGUAGUUAGGCAGAAACCAAAAGUUGCUGCAUUGAGGCCAAUUCCACACAUCCGUCACCAGAAAAUGCUACCUUUUGCUGGGAUUUCAGAGGCAAAUGGACAUGAGUUUGGAGGACAAGUGAAGACACACAUUUUAUCUAUGCCUUCAGGCAAGCACAAUGGUGGUGGGUCGGCUCCCGUGACUCAUCGCAAAUCGUUAGCAAGCUCGUAUCAAGCAAAACAGCUAAUCUCGUUAAACCCGCUUCCUUUGAAGAAACAUGGUUGCGAUAGAAGUCCAAUACAUGUUUGUUCUGAGGAGGAGUUUCUGAAGGACGUGAUGCAAUUUUUGAUCCUUCGAGGGCAUAAUCGUCUGAUUCCUCAAGGUGGGCUUGCUGAGUUUCCUGAUGCAAUACUGAAUGCAAAGCGUUUGGACCUUUAUAACUUGUACAGGGAGGUGGUUUCAAGAGGCGGGUUUCAUGUUGGCAACGGAAUCAAUUGGAAAGGGCAAGUUUUCUCAAAGAUGCGUAACCACACAGUUACCAAUAGAAUGACAGGUGUUGGAAAUACACUAAAGAGACACUAUGAAACCUAUCUUUUGGAAUACGAAUUGGCCCAUGAUGACGUAGACGGGGAGUGCUGCUUAUUGUGUCACAGUAGCGCAGCAGGGGAUUGGGUAAACUGUGGGAUAUGUGGGGAAUGGGCGCAUUUUGGUUGUGACAGAAGACAAGGUCUUGGUGCCUUUAAGGAUUAUGCAAAGACAGAUGGAUUAGAGUACAUAUGUCCUCAAUGCAGUAUCUCUAACUUCAAGAAAAAACUGCCAAAAACCACAACAACAAAUGGGUAUUCUUGAAAUGCAUUCUUACUUACUUACUUACUACCACAUUUGGCUUCUUUUUGUUUUCUUUUUAGCCUAUGUUGUUAGUUUUCUUCAUCAUCUUCUUCUUCUUUAGUGUUUACCCCUCAUUCCAAAUGGGUGAGUGAGGAGGAUGGGAAAAAGGGGGGGUAUUUGUGUAAUAUAUGUAUAUUUUUGGGCAUACUUGCCAUUUUGUAGUGUCUUGUUUUCAAUGGUUAUACAUCCCUGCCACCUGGCCUCCUUUUGA